AUGCUCGUGGCCGCCUCGGUCGUCUUCCUCUACUAUACCGUCUGGACGCUUCUUAUGCCCUUUGUCGACGACGACCACCCUCUCCAAAACUUCUUCCUCCCCCGCGUCUGGGCCAUCCGCAUCCCCGUCAUCCUUGUUCUCCUGGGCUCCGCCGUCGUCGGCUCCUUCUUGAGCAUGGUCAUGAUUCGAAGCAACCGCAAGAAGGCCGCCAAAGCCAAGGCUGCGGCAAAGAAGAAGGCGUGA